AUGUCGUUGGAAGGGGCAAUGGAAGAGGAGCGACGGCUCAUCUCUCAGAUCCUUGAACGUCAAAGGCUCAAUUCGGUAGGUGUUACUAGAGAUGGAAGGAGAAAUAGAGGAAACUCACCAUCUGUGGCUGGUGCGGUUAGUAGGUCCUUGAGUGUAGCCAGUGAAGCAGAAAAAGAUCAAAUAUUUACCAUCACGGCUCGAGAUCCUUCUUUUAGAAUGAUGAAAGAUUAUUACGAGGAGAGUAGUGCAAGCGAAGGGGAGGAAGAUGAGAAACUGAACAAUCAUUCGGAAAGCAAAAGUGAAGAUAAUCGUACUCAGACGAAAAGAAACCAUUCGGACACUGAAGACGAAGAAUAUACAGAUGAUGAAACGGAAGAAAAGGAAGAUAAAUUACGACUUGAGGCUGAAAGCAGCGACGAGGAGCAGAUCAGUGACACAGAUACGGAAUUUGAAUUUGAUGAUGAUGGGAAUGUUCUUCCAAACUAUUCCACUUAUAACGCUUUGAAAGCAGCUUCGCCUCAACGCCCUUCAAUAUCGAUCAAAAUUCCGAAAGUCGGCAAAGUUCCGGCCGGUGGUCAUUCGGCAUCUAUUUCUGUUGCAACAUCACUUUAUUCCAAUCCUAGUAUCACCGCAAAGAUGAACUCUCGUGAUGAAUUGGUACAGAUCCACAAUCGGAAACUUGUCAAAGAUGCCAUUCAAGCUGAAAAGUUGGAUGAAGUAGUGGCGGCCGAAAGGGCAGCGGCAAAUGCCCGUGCAAUUGGUAGAGACGUGUCAACAACAUUUAUGAAGCAGGUUAUGAAAACGGCAGAAGAAGCUGGAUCUGGAAUCCAUGUUGAUCCGGAGAAGUUCUAUCGGCAGAAUCCGAAAAGGAGGGAAAAAUUACAGGAAUAUGCAAAAUACAAGAAGAAGAUCACAUCUGAUUCAGACCCAACUGAUGGCUUUGCCAUACCGUACACGAGAGAUUUUGAAGAAAAAAUAGACUCUGAGUUGGCAAAGAUUUUGAACGAGAAUAUCAAAGUCUCCGACAUUGAAUCUUUCCCAGAAACACAAAGAAGCGUCCGGACAAUUACAAGGGGCAACUUUUUUGAGAUAGUAGCAAAAUCAGGAAAGCAACGUCCUAGAACAUUUAUUCUAUGCAUGGAUUUUUCUGAUGAAAGCAGUAAUGCUUUGGAAUGGUGCAUUGGUACAGUUCUUGUCGAUGGUUGUGUUCUUUAUAUAAUGAACGUUAUAGAGGAUGAACAGUAUUCCUCAAUGCACUUGAAUGGUAUCGAGCCUACAAAUGGCCGAGUUUCCAGACGUGCAUCAAUAAAAUGCGGACAUACUCAACAAGAGAGGGAAAAAAUACGCGCAGAGAAUGUGAACAAGAUCACAAAGGACGUUCUCUCGCUUUUAAAACUCACAAAACUUCAGGUGCAUGUCGUAAUACAGUCAUCUCACCAUCCGAUACCGCGUCAUUUUAUAGUUUGCGUGAUAAAGGAAAUAUCGCCGACUUUGGUAAUAGUUGGAUCACGCGGCAAAAGAGCUAUCAAAGGUAUUCUUAUGGGUUCCCUGUCCAGUUAUAUGAUCCGCAAGAGUCCUGCACCUGUUAUGGUUGUCAAGCACAAGCUCAAAAAAUUAACAAAGAAAGAUAAGCACAAGAAUGAUGAUGUCGGAACUCUUCAUAGUUUGGCUGAGGCUCGUGUUGAUUAG